UUGCUCAGAUGUGACGCUCGAGAUUCAAAGUUGGUCAGCGAGGCGUAGCUAGGCUAGCUUCUCAAUGGCAUGUUAUGUUUUCAGCAGUAACGAUAGUCUGCAUUAAUAUUUGGUAGAAUCUCUCGUUUAUGAAAGUUGUGUAACUUUUGUGUGUGUUAUUGGACCAGAAUGGAAGGUAAAAUGAUCGGACCGGGUCCAUACAGGGCAACGAAGUUGUGGAAUGAAACUAUCAAGCUCUUCCGUGGAGGCAUGCCUCUGAAAAGACACUGGGCAUACUUCCGUAGCUAUGACAACAGCUUCACUGGAUCUGAGGCCGUUGAUUGGCUACAUGAGCUGCUAAAGCGAAAUCAUAACUUUGGGCCAGAGGUGACCCGGUACCAGACCCUGCAACUGCUCAGGAAAUUCAUGAAGAACCACGUCGUUGAGGAUGUCAAGGGCCGCUAUGGUAAAGAAGACUUUGAGGACAGUGGUCAAGUCUACAGGUUCCCUCCUACGUCCCCCCUGAAGCCCCUGCCCCAGCGGACCCCAGUGUCAGAGAACUGCGACCUGCCCCGCCUCAUCCGCUGGGACGACUACGAGGAACUGCCGCAGCCAGAGAAGAUCCCCAUGAAGUCUCUGAUCCUGAACUCAGAGACGUGGAACAAGAGACACAGCAUAGCCAUUGGAGAGGUGCACGAGUGCAAAAUCAUACGUAGGAGUGACAUCACCCCCAAGCAAGUCGACCAAAUCUGGAAGAAAAUGACAAUCGCACAUUUGCAGAGAGUGCUGGGUCUGAAGACAAUGGAUGGAGUGUUGGAUCCCAAACACGUGAAUGCAAAGCAUAUAAUUCACAACGUAUUCAGUGUCAAUAAAACAGGAAUAGUUAUUGUGAAGAACAAAGCGGAGGACAUGCCCUAUUGGGUUCUAUCAGCAAUGAAGUGCCUAGCCAACUGGCCCAACGGUAGGGAGACCAAGCAGCCCAUGUACCCAGGCUUUGAGCGUGAUGUGCUCCGUACGGUGGCUGAGUACUUCCAGAGACUCAAAGAGCCCCUAUUGACCUUCCAGCUCUAUGAAGUCUUUGUCAACAUUCUCAGUCUGCUGCAGCAGAAAGAGGUGGCAGCAGAGGCCCUCCAGGUGUGCAGCCUCCUCCUGCCACCGGCCAACCGCCGCAGACUCCAGCUGCUCCUCCGCCUCAUGGCCAGGGUCUGCCAGAACCCCGCCCUUCCACCGCUUAACGAUGCCAUAGCAACACGCACCCUGAUGGUGCAGACAUUCUCGCGCUGCAUCCUGGGCUCUGCAGAGGAGGUGGACCUGGACGAGCUUCUGGCCACCAAGCUGGUCACCUUCAUGAUGGAGCACCACGACAGUGUCCUCAGGGUGCCCUCUAACCUGCACAGACAUGUGGAUGAUCACCUCUCCCACCUCAGGAGGGUACAGAUAAAGUAUGCCGGUGCCGAUACAGACGCCUCCCUGGUGUCUCCGUCGUACUGCAGGAAGAUUAGCAGGGCAGAGUUUGAGGAGCAGAGAGUCUCCAGCUCCCAGGGGCCCAUGCAGGAGCUGCUGGAGGGCCUCAUCGCCGACACUGAGCUCUCAGCCAAGGACAAGAGGAAGAGACUCAAGCAGUUCCAGAAGUCCUAUCCGGAGAUCUACCGCAGGCGGUUCCCCACAGCGGAGAGCAAGGCUGCCGUCUUACCAGAGAAAGCACCACGGCUCAAACCCCAGCUCAUGCUCCUAACCCUAAAGAAACCAUUCCAGCCUUUCCAAAGGAGUUGGAGCUUUAGGACCUAACUCUCACCUCUGACUCUGCACGUCUGACCUCUACAGUGUGGCCAGGAGACAGGGAGGAUUAUGUGUGUUGGAGUGUUUGGAGCUUAUUCCACAGCAUGUCAAUGAGAAUAGAAUUCACAGGGGUAAAGUGGCAAUAGAUGGAAUAGUGUUGCCAAUUUGACUUACUAUACUAGAAACUACUGUUAAACUAAAAAGAGAAGUAUAGUAGAAACUACUGUUAAACUAAGAAGAGGAUGCUAGGAAUCCAUAAAGGGCAGCUUGUGUUAGCCAAUUAAACAGUGACUGGAAAUUAUCAUGCAUAACAGGUCCAUAGAAUUGGUCACUACAGGUAGAAUUAGAAAUGUGUGUGCCAUGUUUAAACUGGUUUUUAAAAAUGAAACAAAAAUUACCCCCUUUUUCUCCCCAAUUUCGAUCUUGUCUCAUCGCUGCAACUCCCCAAUGGGCUCGGGAGGUGAAAGUCGAGUCAUGCGUCCUCCGAAACAUGGUUCUUAGCACCCGUCCGCUUAACCCGGAAGCCACCCGCACCAAUGUGUUGUAGGAAACAUCGUUCAACUGACGACCAGGUCAGCCUGCAGGCGCGUGACAAGGAGUCGCUAGAGCGUGAUGUGCCAAACCCUCCCCUAACCCUGGCGACGCUGGGCCAAUUGUGCGCCGCUUUAUGGGACUUCCGAUCACAGCUGAUUGUGAUACAGCCCCGGAUUAAACCUGGGUCUGUAGUGACGCCUCUAGCACUGUGAUGCAGUGUCUUAGACCGCUGCACCACUCGGGAGGCCCAUGUUUUUUUUCCCCACCAAGUGAACACAAUUUUUUUUUUUGGCGUCAUGCAUUUCAAUUGGCCAUUUACAGUGAGCUCCAAACCAAUUGGGACAGUGACCAUUUGUUGUUGUUUUGGCUCUUUACUGCGGCACUUUGGAUUUUAAAUGAUACAAUGACUGAGGUUAAAGUGCAGACUGUCGGCUAAAAAUGUGAGUGUAUUUUCAUGCCAUUUUAGGGAACCAAGAGUAUUGGAACAAAUUCACGUGUAUUAAAGUAGUCACGUUUAGUAUUUGGUCCCAUAUUCAAAGCACGCAAUGAUUACGUCAAGCUUGUGACUACACAUUUGUUGAAUGCAUUUGCUGUUCGUUUUGGUUGUUUCAGAUUAUUCUGUGCCCAAUAGA